AUGGCCGGUCCACCCCCGGUCAUCGAAGGUUCUUUGAAAAACACAAUUCAUGCACUUGCGUUUGGACUUAUUGUCGCCACGCUUGUGGUGAAUUUCGGCAAGUUUUUCCUGCCGCACUUUUUCCCUUACAUGAUGGGAGUUGUGAUAUUGUUUGAGGCUGUGCUUUUUUCGUUGGACAAGCCUACAGAAAAAUACGACGUAUUUCAGCCCGCUGGUUUGAAGGGUCAGCACAUGGUUGAUGGAUCUAACUCACCGCAAAUAACAGUGUCUGCGCCCGGUGAAGACGCCGAAUUUUCGCCCAGAAAACAAAGGGUCAAAGACAAACAAAAGGCAAGAAAAGAUCAUAAGGGAAGGAGAGAAAGCGGCAUCCCAGGUUCACCUUCAAGGUCGGCUCCUAGGCAUAGUCUAAGUGUACCACCGAUUACUGGAAUGGAAACGACUGAUUGGGCGGGUGAGAAAGGAAAGGAGAAAAGUGAGAAGGAAAAGAGAAAGGAGGAAGAGAAAGAAAAGAAGAAAGAGAAAGAAGAAGAGAAGGAACGACAGAAAGCCGAGAAGAAGGAAGAAAAAGAAAAGGGAAAGGAAGGAGAUGAAGAUAAAAGUGAGAAAGGAUCGUGGAGGAAACGACUUGGCAAGAAACAGAACAGUGAAUAGUUCGAUGCAGAAAGUUUGGUGCGUUCUACUGCUCAAAGUGAUCCCUGUUUUUUCUGAGGGAACUUUAGAAUCGACUGACUUAUAAAAUGCUGGUAGUUUGAAACUUAAAAAAACACACGCAAGAUCUACUAAGUCAUAACUUAAAUGUCUUAAAUUUGACAAAUCGCAUGGACUGUUGUUCAAUCUAGAUUGACAGUCAGUUAGGUCUAAAAGCGAAAUUAUGUAGUCAUUUCAGCUGGAAUACUACUAAUCAUGGUCGACCGUUAGAAACAGUGAAUACUGCUUAAAGGUCUUACGAAGCUGUAGAGUGGCUCGACGUGAACAAUACGGAAAUAACGAUGUUUAGCGCGCAGCUUAGUCAAGAAAAUAACACCUGACAGUAGACGUAUAGUCAUUCCAUACAGGGCUUUGAUCGCANGACAGAAAGCCGAGAAGAAGGAAGAAAAAGAAAAGGGAAAGGAAGGAGAUGAAGAUAAAAGUGAGAAAGGAUCGUGGAGGAAACGACUUGGCAAGAAACAGAACAGUGAAUAGUUCGAUGCAGAAAGUUUGGUGCGUUCUACUGCUCAAAGUGAUCCCUGUUUUUUCUGAGGGAACUUUAGAAUCGACUGACUUAUAAAAUGCUGGUAGUUUGAAACUUAAAAAAACACACGCAAGAUCUACUAAGUCAUAACUUAAAUGUCUUAAAUUUGACAAAUCGCAUGGACUGUUGUUCAAUCUAGAUUGACAGUCAGUUAGGUCUAAAAGCGAAAUUAUGUAGUCAUUUCAGCUGGAAUACUACUAAUCAUGGUCGACCGUUAGAAACAGUGAAUACUGCUUAAAGGUCUUACGAAGCUGUAGAGUGGCUCGACGUGAACAAUACGGAAAUAACGAUGUUUAGCGCGCAGCUUAGUCAAGAAAAUAACACCUGACAGUAGACGUAUAGUCAUUCCAUACAGGGCUUUGAUCGCACAAGCUGGUGCUGUUAGUGCCUCGUGUUAAUAAUUAACUACAAACAAAAUGGAAUACAAGUUAAUUUGCUUCAGUAGAAAAUCUAUUAAAGGUGUUACAUCAUCUGAUUGAAAAAGUGUUUGUAUUAGCCUAAAAUGUAUAAUUUUGGUAGAUAGUAAGAUUUGUAAACCUCGUUUGGGUAUCAUGCUAAUGUGUUGAUAUGCUGUUUAAUUUGGCUCUUAGCCAAAAAAACCCUGUUUUGGAUAAAUUCAUGAG